AUGUCGGCCCCAUCCGAACCUCAAGUCGAAGCCUGCAAGAGGCGGCUUGAAGAGGAGAUGGACGAGCGCUCGCCGAAACGCGUCAAGGACGGGGAUUCUCCAGACCCUCCUCAGUUUCUGACGAGCUUCCCAAGUGAUGCUGUUCCGGCCGUCUCCCGCUUGGGCUUGAAGCCGACGCUUCCCGUGAUGCCUCCUUCACUCGAUAUCAUUACCGAUGGCAAGACUGACCUGUCACACAGGAGAGGGUUCAUUGGAGAGCGCGAGGUCGGGAUCAUCGGUUACGCUGGGGACUCUGACUUCACUGGCGUCAAUGGAGUGAUCAAGCAACGAUUUUCUUGUCAACGAGAUCUCUCUAUCUGGACAGACGUCAUGGCCUCAUCCUCCAACGACAGCAAGUCUUUAUCAACGUCUGGGGCGGACACUGAAGUCCCGAAGAAGGAGGAGGACAGAGGCGCGGCGGGUGAAGACGCUGUCGUAGCUUCCCUUCCCGCCGAUCUGAACUUCGAAGAACAUGCGGAUUGGACGACGUCGACAACUAUUGGCCUUCGUCCGCAUUUCUCGGACGAGACCAUCGUUGCUCUCCGCCGUCUGUUUGACGAGGGUCGCAACCCCCAACCUCGCCAAGACUCGGGCUGGGGAUCCCGGGAGAAGCAGCGCACCGAACAGAUGAACGAAGAGGAGCAGGCUAUGAAUGUCGGGUCUGGUCCUCAACCUUCCCAGGGUAGAGGGCGUGGAAACGGGCGGGGUGGAGCACCUAACAGCAACCCAUAUAAAGCCAAGGACGCGAGGGAGGUCGUUACGCAGUCGGCACGAGGAGCAGCCCACCAAGCGGUCCGCGAGUUGUUGAAAGGAAACUUUGAAAGCACAGCUCGGGACAUUGGCGGCAAGGGCCAGUGUCUUGUCCUGAAAUGGGCUGCGAGCCGCUCGGGAGGCCGUGACCGCAAGCUAUGCGGCACCAAGGAUAAACGUGCCAUUACUGUCCAGCGCGUCUCUCUGAAACGCGGAUCCUUGACCACGCAGCAAGUAUGGCGAGCGGUCAACGGAGUAAGAUCUGGCCGGAGAACUGAGGAUGGGGCCGUCGCAGAACGCGGCGAGCGUGGUACUCGAAUCGGGGAUAUGGAAUAUUCUACUCAUCCUCUGGAACUCGGUUCUCUCAAGGGCAACCAUAACGUGCAAGCUGCGGUCGAAGACAUCGACAAAGCCAUGAAGUCUAUCCGCGAUAAAGGUUUCAUCAACUUUUACGGAAUGCAACGCUUCGGCACCUCGACUGUCCCAACCCAUGUCACCGGGCUUUUGCUACUGCAGGGCAAGUGGGGAGAAGCGAUCGACUCCAUCCUCUCGUUGCGAGAAGGAGAGCACCCUGAUUGUACCAGAGGGCGCCUGGCUUGGCUGGAGGAUGGCGACUUCAGCAGGGCUCUGGAACUCAUGCCCCGUCGAUCGGUCGCUGAGCGGUCAAUUUGGGAGCAUUGGCGCAAGGGAAACCGUCUCGAGGACAAAGUGGGGGCACUGGGAAACAGUUACAUCUGGAACCUCAUGGCCGCGGAGCGGAUGAAGCUCUCGAACGAUCAACCUCUCGAGGGCGAUCUUGUGUACGAACACGACGCGGGCGACGACGACGCCGACAACAAGGAGACUUCAUCGCGUGAUGUCAAGCGUUUGACCUCGGCAGACUUGGGUCAGUAUACACUCGCGGACGUCAUCCUCCCACUGCCAGGUUGGAACAUCGAGUAUCCAGGCGGUCGCAUUGGUCAGCUCUACAAAGACGCUCUCCUCGCCGACGGUUUGGAUCCUCUGCGGCUGCGGCGCGACCAAAGGGAGUACUCAUUGCCUGGGUCGUACCGACGCCUGAUUCGCAAGCCCACCGAUGUCUCUUGGGAACACAUUCGUUAUACAGACCCCACCCUGCCGCUGGCGCAAGCCGACGAGGACAGAAUCCUUAAUCUGAACCCCCCAGCGGCAGAUGACCCGAAUGGCAAAUUCCGCGCCCUGAAGAUUACCUGGUCUUUGGGCACAGCAUCUUACGCUACCAUGGCCUUGCGUGAGCUCACGCGCGAAGAAACUGCCAUCUGGCAUCAGAUCGGUCUGACGAUGAAUAACGAGGACCAGGCCCAUGCAGGAGACGGAGGCAAGAGCGAGCAUCCCAGCCGCCUUGAACGUCUCGUUGCCGCCAACCUGGAGACGCCCGCGAAAACGGCUAGGGACCGGCCUACGGGGUUACACUGCGAGAGGUAUGUCUUGAGCUGGGCAAGCCUGACGACAGACCCGUUCCUGGAGACCUUGGUGACCCGCCUUUACCCCGACCCCCGCUUACCCCCAUCGACUUUGCAUCUUCCCUCGUUAAGUAGCCCAACUGGUCAAGACAGAGAUUUUGAUCCUGCACUGGUCGUCGCCUUCAACAGGAGUGCUAAGCUUCUGACAGCAAGCGACGCCUCGCGCUCUGGAAACAAGCGUCUUCUGGCUAUUGGGGGGGAAGAGGGAGCCAUCAAGAUCAUUGAUGUGGACGCCCUGGAGCCGCACGACUCGAAAUGGUGGUCCGCUCACCAGAACGGAAUAUUCGAUAUCUCGUGGUGUGAUGAUGAUCGGCACCUUUCAUUGCGCUUGCAUGAUGUUUCUGGAGCAGGUCCGAGGCUUUUGGCCUCCCUUCACGGGCACACCUCAACCAUCAAGUCUACGGCUCUUCUGCACGAGUCUUCUUCAAAUGUUAUCGUUUCUGGUGGUCGGGAUGGCAACAUCAAUGUGUAUGAUCUGCGCUGUCGGGGCUACACGUCAACCCGCGAAGAGAAUGGCCCAUCUCUCCGCCGCUCGUCCCGCACAAGAUCCACCACGCAGAUAAGUUCGACGGGCCAGUCAUCAAUCGAUCCAGUUUUGACACUGCGUCAACCGCAUAACGCGACAGUUGGCAAACGGACGACAGCUGACUCGGUUAGUUGGCAAACCCCACCUGUAGCUAAUGCACAGCGAUCGGUCGCUCGGACUAUCACGAGUCUCGUUGCACUCCGUGCCCAGCCCGGAAUACUUGCUUCCGGAGGGUCCUACGAUGGCAUCGUCAAGCUGUGGGAUAUCAGGUGCCCCGAACCCACCACUGCUCUACGCUUCAAGUCCGCGCCGUACGGCUCUCUCCCGGAUCCCACCGUCGCGGGGGGCAACCCCUCCCGUCGCCCUCGAUCAGUGAACGCUCUUUGCGAGCAGCCAUCUACCGGCGACCUUUUCGUGUUAUGCGGAGACUCAAAAGUGCACGUCUUGCGGCCAUCUUGGGCCAAGGCAACCUCGAGCGAUCGCUCUGAAGCCAUCUUGCCCCAGAAGUUUGUGCAUCCGAUGUUAGUGACUCGUUCUUUCUAUAUAAGAAUGGCGCUGUCACCGGACGGACGACGCCUAGCCUGUGGCUCAUCAACGGGAGGCGUCAUGAUGUGGGAUGUUGACCGUUACCCGCAGAACGGCGAGCAGACUGAAGCCACCCGUUUAGAGAUCCCUCACACCACCCCGGAGGCGCCUGAGGUGAUUGCCUUAGAUUGGGGAAAGGACAUGAUUGCAGCUUCGUCUGACGACUGCGCCACUCGAAUUUGGCAGUCUAAUCCAGUUGUUUCCAGCCAGCUCAUGCUCAAGGGCCAGGUCAGGGAAGAGUGGAGCGGGGUUGACGGUUCGGGCCAGACCGUCGAGGAUUAG